AUGCUCAUCCUCGUUUUCCUGCUCUUCUCCAGCGUGGACCUCCGCCAAAUAAGCGGAGCAACGACGGACACGCUCACCUUGGGCCAGUCUCUCCCAUGGAACGAGACGCUGGUCUCCAAGGGCGGCAACUUCGAGCUCGGCCUCUUCUCCCCGGGCAAGUCCAAGAAGCACUACAUCGGCAUCUGGUUCAGGAAGGUCUCCAAGCAAACGGUCGUGUGGGUGGCGAACCGUGACCGCCCGAUCCUUGAGCCGUCGGCCUCUCGCUUCACGCUGAGCGACCGCGGCGAGCUCCUCCUCCACGCGACGCCAUCCAACACCCUGCUGUGGUCGUCCAACGCGUCCUCCCCGUCGCCGCCGCGCACCACCGUCGCCACGCUCCAGGAUGACGGCAACCUCGUGGUGCGGAGCAACGCGUCGGCGUCGUCGUCCGUGGCGUGGCAGAGUUUCGACCACCCCACGGACACGUGGCUCCCCGGGGCUAGGCUCGGCUACGACAGGGCCCGCGGCGUGCACAGCUUCCUGACGUCGUGGACCGACUCGGAGAACCCGGCGCCCGCCACCUUCUCCAUGGAGAUCGACCAGCGCGGGCAGGCCAAGUUUGACCUGCUCGCCGGCGGCACGCACCAGUACUGGACGACCGGCGUGUGGGACGGCGAGGUCUUCGAGAACGUGCCGGAGAUGCGGUCGGGCUACUUCGACGGCGUCCCGUACGCACCCAACGCCAGCGUGAACUUCUUCAGCUACAAGAACCGGGUACCGGGCAUCGGCAACUUCGUGCUGGAAGUGAACGGGCAGAUGCAGCGGCGGCAGUGGAGCCCGGAGGCAGGGAAGUGGAUCCUCUUCUGCUCCGAGCCCCACGACGGGUGCGACGUCUACGGCUCCUGCGGGCCCUUCGGUGUGUGCCGCAACACCUCCAGCGCCAUGUGCGAGUGUCCCGCGGCCUUUGCGCCGCGGUCGCGGGGAGUGGAAACUGGGGAACACGGCCUCAGGGUGCGUGAGGCGGACCAAACUGGAUUGUCCCAACGACGGCUUCCUGAAGCUGCCGUACGCCGUGGAGCUUCCGGGAGGCUCGGCAGAGGCGGCCGGAGCCCGGAGCGACAAGACGUGUGCUCUCUCCUGCCUGCGAGACUGCUCCUGCACUGCCUACGCCUACGACGCAGCGAAGUGCUUGGUGUGGAAGGGCGAGCUCGUCAACCUGAAGACACUCCCUGGCGAUCAAGGCAUCGCGGGGGCUGUUGUUCUUCACGUCCGUGUCGCAGCCUCGGAGGUGCCACCGCCUGCGGCGCAUCAUUCUUGGAGGAAGUCAAUGGUGAUCAUUAG